CUUUCCAAAGUGCUCUGUGCGCAGUGCGCACCGCUUUCGUUAUCUUUUGGUUCGGUCCACCCACCCUCCCUCCAUCGCCCUUAACCCUCAAUUUCCCUCUUUCAAUUCGAUUCCAUUUUUUUUUCUUUUCAAUUCUUCGAACGAAUUCGCCUCCCCAGAUACUAAUUCCCUCACGAGAUUCUUCCUCUUCCCCGCUUCUUCCAUGGUAGCUGCUCGAUCUCUCUGUUUCUCUGAGUUUCGUCCUCCUUCGCCCUUUUGAUUCAACUUUUCUUGCUCUAUUUCUCUGUUUCUGUGAUUAUGAGGACUGGGUUCUGGGUGAUGGGGAUUGUUGUCUUGGCCAUGAUGUUGGAGAGCCAAGCGUCUUCCGCCCACUCGGUUAGGGUUUCGCAUUCAGGUCCCUCGUGUCCUGUUCAAUCUUUUCUGGAUACGAUCUUCUCUUCUAGGGAUUGGAACUCGAAUUGCCCCUUUCACGGUGAAGAUGGGCACUUUGAAUUUAUUGGUGUUUCUGAGGGAGAUGAAGCCUUGUUACAAAUGGCAAUGAAUAUGAUUCAUAAAAACCGUUACGACUACGUUGCAGUACUCUUCUACGCAUCUUGGUGCCCGUUCUCCAAGUCUUUUAGGCCGAGAUUUUCAAUACUAUCCACUUUAUACCGUUCUAUCCCGCAUUUUGCAAUCCAAGACUCAGCUAUCAGGCCAAGCAUACUCUCCAAGUAUGGGGUUCAUGGUUUUCCUACACUUUUCCUUUUAAAUUCGACAAUGCGUGCUCGCUACUAUGGUUCCCGAACUCUCCCUUCUCUUGUUGGAUUCUAUAAUGAUGUUACUGGCAUUCAGUCUGCAUCACUGGAUCAAAUAUCACCAGAUAUAAUCGGACAAGUGAGGAAUGAGGAGAAGCAUGACGAUAACAAUGAGCAGGAAAAUUGCCCAUUCUCGUGGGCAAGGUCUCCAGAAAAUUUACUUCGAGAAGAGACGUACUUGGCUCUGGCUACUGUAUUUGUGCUUUUGAGAUUGAUAUAUAUCUUCUUUCCAACCCUUUUAGUCUACGCUCGAUACGUUUGGCAAAGGCACGUUAGGAACCUGAGAUUUGGAACCUUGUGGGAACGACCUUUGACGUGCCUGAAAGGAGCAAUUCAGUCAUUCAGUCAUUUCAAGGAUCCUUGCAAGAGAAGCAAUUUGCAAGGAGGGGCCAUGAAUGCCAGGAUAUGGGCCAAGUCUUUUGCCACAGUUUCAAUAGGUGAUGCAAGCUCUUAGUAGCCGUCAGGCGUGCCAGUGAAAAUGUCGUCGGUGUGCAUCAAAUCCCCUAAUGGAUGGUUCUGUGGUGAACUGCAGAAAAGGCAGCCUCGAGUAGUUUUUGGAUUCAACAUAAUGGGAACAAAGGUAAAAACAUGGAUACGCUUCCUAAUCCAUUAUCUUUUGUUGUGGAAUUUAGUUCAAAAUUUGCUACGCAUCUGCAUAUAUGAUGUCUGUCUGAACCCAAUUUGUGCAUAGUAACCAACAGACUCCUCCGCCCCCUUGUGUGUAACUUCUUGCAAAUGCCACAACCAUCCAUGGUAGGUUCUGAAGGCAGUGUUCAUUCGAUCCUUUUGAACUGCUCACUGGAGGGUUGUUGUGCCCAAAAAACAUCCCCUUAUGUUUGUAUAUCAUCGUUCACCGAAUCCUACCCCUUCCCAUGUUCUCAAAUGUCAUCGGUUUUGGAAACUGAAUGUUGUGAAGUGAGAUAGUAAUUUCAUUUGAAGGUCUCAAAAUCUCUGUACUCUUAUAAUGUAAGUUGUAAUCAGCAACUUUGUUCUAUGAGAAACUGUUGUUUACCAGCUUUCAGUUC